AUGGAGCCCAACGCCACGUUCACGGCCACUGGACUCACAGCCACAUCCGAGCGAUGGCUCCGACUCCUCUUCGCCGGGCUGUGCGGCCUCAUCCUGCUGGUGGGGCUGCCGGCCAAUGGGCUGAUGCUGCUCGUGGCAGGCCGGGACUCAGGCACCUCCCGGCCGCUCUGCGCCCUGACCAACAGCCUCAUGGUGAACGUCACACUGUCCGACCUGCUCUUCGUGGCCUGCGUGGUGCCCGUGCUGCUGCUGAGCUUCCUGCGGCGUGACUGGUGGCUGGGCCCCGUCAUAUGCACUGCCAGCCAGGCCACCAACAAUGCUACCAUGUUCUGUACCUUCUACAGCAUGGUGGCCACAGCUUUUCUGCGCCACGUGGCCGUGGCCCGGCCUGAGGUGGCCCUCUCCGCUGGCCGGGGCACCCGCCUGCUGCUCUGUGGGGCCAUGUGGGUCCUGGGCGUCACCGCCUCGUUGCCCAACUGGCUGUUCCAGAGAGUGGUGGUGGAGGAGGGGGCAGCGGGGACCCGGGCCUGCCUCCUGCUCCUGAGCCCUGCCGGGACCUCCUGUUACUUCACCCUGCUGGGAGCCCUGGCCUUCCUGCCUUGUGUGGGGGGGCUGGGCUGCUCUUUCAGCCAUGUGGGCUGGCUCAUGCGGACACAGCCUCGUGGCCCCAGUGGGGAGAGCAUCCAGGAGCACAGGGAGAACACAGCGUUCAUCCUGGUGGUGCUGGGGGCCUUUGUGCUGAUGUGGGGGCCCUGCUCCGUGCUGGGCUAUGUGGCAGCUGUGGGUGGCCUGCCUGUCACGCCAGCAGCUUUUGUGGCAUCCAGCCUCUGCACUAUCCUGGCCUACUCCAAUUGUGCCGUGAGCCCCAUCCUUUGCUUCUACCUCUCCCGCUCCUUCCAGGCAGGGCUCAGGGAUGUCUUCUGCAGGCCCACAGCCACCAGCCACCCUGAGGGUAUGGGCGGGGCCGGUAUGGUGCUGGAGAGCAUCCAGCUGGGCCAGGAAAGGGCCCCAGGAGACCUAUGGAUUGGGGGGGGGGCAGGGCGGGGGGGGGGCAGGGGGGCUGGUCUGAGAAGAUAG